UGGCCAGCCACCCAACAUCUGCUUUAACACUUGUGAAGAAGCGCCCUCGUGCGGUUCUUUUCGUCAUCAUCAUCAACAUGGCCGCGCCCAAGGCGAACGGAAGCAUGGAAGUCCAAUUUGUGGGAGACGAAGACGUUGCUCAGCAUGUGGAGGACAAAAGACCAACUUUAAGAUCGAGUUCUAGGGCUGCAAAAAGCUCAUCGGCCCAGAGGAAGGCUGGAGUCCUACACCUGACCAAUCAGGACCAGGAUAGCUCUGAGGAGGAGGAUGGACAGGAAGAGUCCAUUCAGCACCCAACAGCACUAGUUGACCAGAAGGGUGUGGCUGGCAGUGAAGUCUACUCUUUUAAGACUCCCAAAAGGACAGGCCAGAUGACCAGAUUAGCUGAAGACUCUGUGAAGAAUCAGACGCCCAAACCAACAAGUGGUAAAACACCAGUCAGGAGGUCCGCAAGAAAACCUGCAAGAAAGACAAAAGCUUCCUCCAGAGCCAGUAGUUCCGAUGAAAGUGAGAGUGAUGACAGUGGAGAAAGUGACAGCAGUGCAGAAGAGGAGCCUGCUAAACCUAGGAAACAACAGACAUCAACCACUAGUACCAGGAAAAGGAGGGGAGGGGGGCAGGACAAUGUUCUGCCAGAGAUGGUAGAGGAGUACUUCCAUGCCCACGGCGGGGCCCGGCCUGGCCCCACGUCCGACCGCACCCUGUCCAGGCUGAACAUCCCCCGCAUGGACCAGGCCAGGCUGCAGUCAGCCCUGCAGCACGCACCUGCAGCACACAUCCAGCACCUGCAGCAGCUGUAUCAGGAACACAGGUGCCACUUCCACAAGUGGAUGCUACAGCUGAGUAAUGGCUUCAACUUGCUGCUGUAUGGACUCGGGUCCAAGAGAGUGCUGAUCGACCAGUUCAGAUCCACCAUACUCAGGGAUACAGUACAGAUGGUGGUCAAUGGGUACUUCCCAAGUAUAACUGUUAAACAUAUUUUGAAUUCAAUAACAGAAGAAGUACUGGAGCACACUGGGAGCUUCAGAAGUGUACAGGACCAGCUAACCUUCAUCAAGGACACUUUUGAAGAGACUGGAGAAGAGCUAUUCCUGUUCAUCCACAACAUCGAUGGCCCCAUGCUGCGUGGGGAGAAGGUACAGACUGUUCUGUGUCAGCUGGCUCAGGUGGGCGGGGUCCGUAUCAUAGCAACCAUCGACCACAUCAAUGCACCAUUAAUAUGGGACCAGAACAAGUCGAGUCGGUUCAACUGGCUGUGGUAUGACGUGACCUCGUAUGAACCCUACGUGGAGGAGACUUCCUACGAGAACUCCCUCAUGGUGCAACAGUCGGGCGUUCUCGCGCUCAGCUCGCUCGUACAUGUACUCAGGAGUCUCACUCCUAACGCAAGAGGAGUUUUCCACCUGUUGGCUCUGUACCAGCUAGAACAUAAAGAUGACUCCAGUUACAUAGGCAUGUCCUUCCAUGACCUGUACCAGCGUUGUAGAGAGAAGUUCCUGGUCCACUCCCACCUGACACUCCGAGCACAGCUCACAGAGUUUAAGGACCACAAGCUCAUCAGGACCAAGAAGGGUUCAGAUGGAGUGGAGAACUUGUUAAUUCCCCUUGAUGGAGCCAUGUUAGCUGAAUACAUGGAGAACCCCAUGUCAUAGGAAAGGAAAAAUCUUAGGCAAAAAAAAAAAA